GUAUAUACAGCAAACCGGCUACAGAGAUGGGCUACCACACUGCUGGGUUAUGAUUUUAAGAUAAAGUAUCAACCAACAACGGAUUUCGGACAGGCAGAUGCACUCUCAAGAUUGAUUGGUCUGCAUGAAAAACAAGAAGAAGAGGUGCUUGUAGCUGCUAUAGAUGUCGAGGCCGAGGUUCACAAAAUAUUGUCAGACGCAGUUUCCGGACUCCCGGUCACAUUUGAAGCCAUUAAAGAGGCCAGCAAGAAGGAUAAUGUAUUAAAGAUUGUUCGCCAUUGCAUACUCAAUAAAUGGCCUUCAUCUAGAUUACACGGAGAACUCUUACAAUACUUUCGUCGACGAGAGUCAUUAACAGUUGUCGAUUCAUGUAUAAUGUUUGGCCAUCGUAUCGUUAUCCCCAGAAAUCUUCGACACCAAGCCAUUAAACAGUUCCACAGCGGGCAUCCAGGGAUAAGUAAAAUGAAGUCACUAGCUCGUAGCUAUGCUUACUGGCCGUCAAUGGACCAUGAGAUAGAGCAAAAAUGUCGCAGCUGUUGGUCUUGUCAAGAGGCUGCAAAGAACCCAACGAGAGCUGAGCCACAACCAUGGCCUAAACCGGACGGGCCUUGGCAAAGAAUACAUGCUGAUUUCGCCGGACCGAUACAAGGCAGGAAUUACUUAGUUGUUGUAGAUGCUUUCACAAAAUGGCCGGAAGUUUAUGACAUGCCGAAUACGACUUCAGAGAGUACCAUAAGAAGAUUGUCAGGAUUGUUUGCCUGUUUUGGGGUUCCAGAGAUCUUAGUGACCGACAAUGGUACUCAGUUCAUGUCAUCCGCCUUCAAACGCUUCUGCAACGAGAAUGGCAUAUUGCAUCUACAAUCUCCUCCAUACCAUCCUCAGUCGAAUGGCCAGGCAGAAAGAUUCGUGGAUACAAUUAAAAGAGCUCUGGUCAAAGGGGGAGGUGAGGGUGUCCCGGAACAAGUGAUUAAUAAGUUCUUGAUGUCUUACAGAGUUACCCCUAAUCCGGCAGUACCAGAAGGAAAGUCUCCGGCCGAGUGUAUGUUCGGAAGAAAAAUCCGGACAGUUUUUAACAGUAUGUUGCCGCCCAGAAAGACAAAUAAACCCACGAAUGAAAAUCGUAAGGUCAAUCGUAGCUUCCAGGUGGGUGAGAAGGUACUUGUCAGAUCGUACCAAGGUAAUAAGAAGUGGGAACCAGGUGUCAUAGAACGUCGAAUCGGAAAUGUGUUGUACCUAGUUCGGAAAGAUGUCGGGAAAUGCAUAAGACAUAUAAAUCAAAUGCAAAGAAAUGAUAGUACAGUGGUCACAGAAAACCGGCUUCCAUUUCAAUUGCUCGUAGAUUCAUCCCCGAAGAACCAUCAUGAGCGCAAAUAUCGAAAAGACAAACGACGCAGAGAGAAAGCUGUACAACCCUCGAGAGUAAUGGAGCGCAAGAGGAAUGCGACACCCAAGCUUCAGGUGGAUCCAAGAAAAAAAUCUUACACAACGGACUUUAAAGGGGGGAGGUGUGACGACGGACCACCGGUGAACUCGAGGAAGCUGUAAGAGGCUCAUAAGGAGCCGAAGACGUUCCAUCCAAUCACCUGUCGGAAGAAUGUUCUAGAAUUCCAACGUGUAGCUUCCCCAUUGGAUAAUGCUAAUAACCCUCUGUACGCGGAUUGGAAGAUUGUAAUGAUGAUUUCGUUCCCACUAAAAACUAUAAAUACCUGAUAAUUUUGUACUAUGUUUGACACUGUUUGGAAUAAUAUUCCUUUCGUUAGUCUUCUGUCUUCUUAUUGCGACUUGGAAGGGUUUGGUGUUCCAGUGCUCAGUUAUACGCGGUUGUAUCAAGAAAAUCAGCUUUUUCAAGAUAUAACAUCUGGCGACGGGUUAUUGUAUCAAUAUGUCAUUUACCUUGGAACAAUUUGAA